AUGGGAGAUUCCAAUUCAAGUUCACACAUCCAUUGGUUGGACCCUCCAAGCUUCUCCUGCCCUAACCCAGAGCUCACCACAGUAGUAAGGGGUGAGAACAUUGACUUCAGACCCCCUGUGUACACAUUAGUUGGGCAUGAGGAUGAUUUGCGAGAAGAGGAGCCUGAGCUCGAUCGAGCUGAGUCGAUCGAGCUGAGUCGAGCUGAGGAUCGAGCUGAGGAGAAGUCCAGGAGAGUGCGGAUUUGGAGGAUUGGACUUCUCCAAAAGUUCAACAAAUGGCAAGGGAAAGCCAUUGAGAAGAUGCAAAAGUCCAUGGACAAGAUGGUGAGCAAGAUCAAAAGUUUGGAGAAGAAGGUUUCUGGUUCUUCAAGCAAGAAGAAGAAGUCCAAGGCCCCCACAUUCCUAGGAGUAGAUCUCCUCACCACUCCAAGGAGGCUCCCUGCCCAAGAGCCUCACAGAGCCUCUUCUUUCGAGCCAAGGGAAGGAGAAGACAACACGCAGAGAAGGAGGAAGACUUCCAAGGCCAGACGCUCCAGCUCGACCACCGGACUCGAUCGAGUCCAAACAGAGGAAACUCAACUCGAUCGAGCUGACGGUCGAGUUGACCUGGAGGAGCCCCAGUUUGAGGAUCCGGGAUUUGAAUACGAUCCCAUGCCUUACCAGGAGCCUCCCCGGAGUAGAUGGAACCCCUAUGGACAGUACGAGCUACCAAGCUCCACCAAGGCCAAGGAAGCCACACACUUUGAGAUGAAGAGGAAGAGGAGAGCAAGCUCGAUCGAGUGCAAGACAGUUGAGUGGAGUGCUCCUGAUGGCCGUCUACCAUCUCCAGACCACGACCUAGUCUCCCAGUUCUUUGGGGGACACUGA